AUGGUUGCGACGAAGAGCGUCGAAGAUGGUGGCGUCGCCGAUGAGGAGUAUGGCCUCGACGACCGCGCGACGAUCGAUGAGGACGAGGAAGAUGCGCUCGUCAUGACGAUGGGCAACUCGUCGGCCCAUGAUCUUAGCGACGACGAGUACAUGACGCCGACCGACCCAUGCCGAUGCUUUUGCUGGUGCAACUACCGCAAGAUCGGGCAAAGCUACGUCGUCCGCGAGGCGCGGCCGUUCAUGCUCGUGGGCCCGCACUGGAUCGGCGUCCUCGUCACGACCGGGCUCAUCAUUGUGUCGACGAUCCUAUUUAUUGGGCAGCAAUGCGCGGCGCUGGAUGCGUGGUACACGCUGGCGUCGCUGGCCAUGGCCACGGCCACGUGCUACUUUCUCUUCCAAACCACGUGCACGGACCCGGGUAUCGUGGCCCGGGGCACGACGCAGACGGACCCGGCCAUCAUUGCCACGUGCAGCUAUUGCGACAUUUGCGACGUGCACCAGUUCCGGGGCACCGAGCACUGCGACGACUGCGGCGUUUGCAUUGAGAAAUACGACCACCAUUGUCCGUGGAUGGGCAAGUGCAUUGGGAAGAAGAACAUGAAGUGGUUCCAGCUCUUCAACCUCGCGUGGAUCGUGUACCUUGUCUUUGUGCUCACGGUCACGAUGCAGAACGCGUCGUCCAAUUUUGUUGCCUCGCGUGUCGGCCACUAA